AUGUCAAGUUCGAAGGAAGAUAUAACUAGGGCAACUAUUGCAAGGCUUGAAGCGAACGAAAAAGUUCAAUACUACAAGACACAUUGCGAGAAUGUCGAGAAGAACAAGGACCGGGCAGAUGUUAAGAAAUAUUGGAAUGCAAAAAAAACUUUUGACACCACAAAAGUCAAGGAUGCGGUGAAGAAAUUCAUAAGCGCCCGAGGUGGAAAGGCUUCAAAGAAAGAGCUUGACAAGUUGAGGAAUGAAAAUAAAAAUAUUCCGGCCUUUGAGGAAGCAGAAAAAGUCAUGAGUGACCUCGCCCAUGAGGACCACGUGAAAACGCACCGCGAGGCAGAGGGAGCUAAGACGAUGAUGGAAGAGGUACCUGAAGUGGUGGAAUACAACAUGGCUGUUAAGAGCUUGAAAGAUAAUGAAGAGAAAAAUAAGGCCAAAAAACUUCUCCCUCAACCUAAACCGCGUGAAAGGAAGCCUGAUGAGAAACUUCGAUUCAGCAAACAUCCAUGGGGGUGGGAAAAAGAAGAAGGGUAUCUACCCAUGAAGGCUCCUAUGCCGAGUCCUGCGCCAACUGGUGAUAGUUCUAAGACAACAAGAGGCCGGUCAAGAGACCGAUCAAGAGACCGAUCGGAACCCCAGACAAGUUCUAAGACUCCAGCAUCUGCACCCGAGAAGCCCAAGAUAAAUAGUGGUAAAAAUCGCAGAGUAAGUCCCCAUACUGAUAAGGAGCGUGACAUAAAUAAGACUGGCGUAAACGUAGUAAGAAGCAAGGCGGAGGCCAAGAAGUGGAAGUUACCAUAG